CCUCGACCCCAGGUUGUUCUCCCCCAGAACCAUGACGCCUCGGCAGAUCAUCACCCCGCACUUCAUUCGUGUCAUGCACAUUCGCGCCACCAUAUCAUCAACGCUUCUUCCAGCCAAUCUGCGACCUGCUCACAGACCUAUUGACCAUUCGAUCGACAUCACUAACCGAUGUCAUAUAGUUAAGACCUAGGAUAAGGCACUAACGCUAUCUUAGUUGGAGAAAUUUCGUCUAGAUGACAUGCCUCCCUGCAGAAGCGUCGGGGACGCGUAGUAUAAGUAAAGCUUGGAUGCGCUGGACCUUGACGUACAGUGUUUUGCAUCUCAAUCGUCGCCUGUCAUGGCUACAACGAUUGAUUUCGAUCAGAAAGGCACAACGGACCGCCUAUCAAAUGACGUCGGUUCUAGAGCUACAGAUACAGGCCACGCGCCUUCGAGCUCCAAACUCACACCUCCGCCGCUUGUUGCCGCCAUGUCGCACGAGCAACGACAGCAGGCUGAAGCUAGGAUGAGGAAGAAAAUCGACACAAGGCUGCUUCCCAUGAUCAUUUUGAUGUACAUCAUGAACUAUCUGGAUAGAAACAACAUCGCAGCGGUUCGCUUGGCCGGUCUCCAGGAUGAGUUGAAUCUCAGUAGUGUGCAGUACCAGACCAUAGUGUCCAUUCUGUUCGUCGGAUACGUGCUUUUCCAAGUCCCAUCCAACCUCUUUCUCAACAAGACUGGCAAACCCGCGAUCUACCUCCCCUCGUGCAUGAUUGUAUGGGGCAUCAUCAGCGGCGCAACAGGAGCAUGUCAGAACUUUGGCGGUCUACUCGCAUGCCGUUUCUUCCUGGGAUUUGUGGAAGCAGCAUACUUCCCGGGCUGCUUGUUCUAUCUGUCGGCAUGGUACACGAGAAAAGAGCUGGGCUUCAGGACGGCCAUUCUCUACUCCGGUUCUCUCAUUUCCGGGGCAUUUGGCGGACUUAUAACAGCUGGUAUUACAAGUAAUAUGGACGGUUUGCAUGGGCUAAGGGCAUGGCGUUACGUAUUUUUAAUCGAGGGCGCAAUUACGAUCGGAAUAGCGUUCGCGGCGUUCUUCAUCCUACCGAAUUUCCCACGCACUACGUCCUGGCUCACCGAAGAGGAACGACAACUUGCCGUGUACCGACUACAAGAAGAUAUUGGAGAAGACGACUGGACUUCAGCUGAGUCACAAACCUUCUUCCACGGACUGAAGCUUGCGCUGGUGGAUAUCAAGACCUGGGUUUUUACUGUCCUUCUACUUUCGAUCGUGUCCUCCGCCUCAGUAACAAACUUCUUCCCGACGGUGGUGAAGACACUAGGCUACGACAACAUCCAUACGCUCCUCCUUACGGCUCCACCAUAUGUCCUCGCCGUCAUUACGACAUACAUAAACGCCUGGCACGCGGACCGAACCGGCGAGCGAUUCUUCCACAUUGUGUUACCCCUGUGUGUCGGCGUUGCGUCAUUCAUCAUUGCCGCAGCCACGACAUCGAUCGGUCCUCGUUAUUUUGCCAUGAUGCUUAUGAUUCCUGGCGUCUAUACCGGAUAUGUCGUAGUAUUGGCCUGGGUUUCCAAUUCCAUGCCACGGCCUCCUGCAAAGCGCGCCGCAGCACUUGCUUUCAUCAACGCGAUAUCGAACACGAGCAGCAUAUAUGCAUCUUAUAUGUAUCCCCAAACCAAAGGAAACAAGCAGCCGAACCUCGUGCUGCCGCUUAGUGUGGACUGUGGGACGGCAGCAUUGGCGAUUAUUAUGACUGUGGUGAUGAGAAUCAUCCUGGGGCGGUUGAAUAAGAAGUUAGACAAGGGGGAGCAUGUUGAAGGAGCGAUCAAUGCAGUUCCUGGCGCAGGACAGGAUCGUGCGUUUAGAUUUUUGGUGUAGAUGCAGCAUGCUUGGCAGUUGAUAGCAGUUGUAAACGAAAGAGCCUUCCCAUUAGUCGAAAUACCAGGAGUUAGGCUACUUCCUUCUUUGCAGAUAACAUAACCAAUCUACACGGUUGAUGGCUUCAAAAAACGUAGGCCCGGCGUAUACC